GUGCUGUUCCAAUGUGCAGGAAUAUCCAGGGAUUGAGAAAGGCAGAAAUGUGCAGAAGAGGCUGCACAAGAUCACUGAGCUACCUGAGCAACAGAAAAUGAGUUUAAGCCUGAUCAUUGCUGAUCUGCAGAGCAAACUGAUGGAAGUGCAGUUGGAAAGAGAUGUGCUGCAGGAUACCAGACAAAAGGAGCUGCAGAGCCAAGAGAAAGUUAAAGUACAGCUCAGGAACACAAUUGGAGAGCUGGAAGCUGCCAACCAGCUGCAGCAGGAGAUGCUGAGGGAGGCUGACAGCCAAGCUGAACAGCUGAAACAGAUGGUCCACAGCCAUGAGGAAGUGCUGGUGGAACUCCAUGGCAUCCUGAUGGGCUGCAGAGACAGCACAGGCAGGAAAGUCUGUGAGCGUGGUAAUGUUCCCAGCCUGCUCCUCCACCACCUGAGCACAGCAUUCCUUGAUGUCCUACAAGAUCUGGACUCAGAGGUGUCACACCUCAAACAAAAAGUUGUCCUGGUUGAAGAAGAGCUUCAGUCACUGAAAAAGGAUUCACAGACGCAGAAAGAACUUCAGCAACAUCAAUUUAGAGAACAAGCAAGAGCCCCAAAUUCUGUGCACCCACAUCAAGGCAGUCACCUGGAGUCCACAGCUCCUCAGCUCCAUUCCCAACUGGGAGAAGCAAAGAGGAUCUAUACAAACAAGGUCAGGGACCUUGAGGAGCAGCUUCACAUAGCUCCUUCUGAGGUAGCAGAAGCUCAGACAGAACAGGACCAACGUGGCCAAGAACCUGUUGCUCUGAAUGCCCAAAUCUGUCGAUUACUGAUGGCUGCAAGUAAGGGAAAAAAUGAAAGCAGUGGAAGAAUCUCCUCUUUGACUGUCCAGCUGGAGACAACCCAGGAAGCACUCCAUAAAGCUGAGGAGGACCUUGCAGCCAAGCAAGUGGAUUUGAAGGCUGCUGAGAAAGCAGUGUCAGGUCUGGCAGAGAAGGAGAGAGCCCUUGGGGUUCCCACUCAGGAAGUCCAGGAGCUACAUUCCCAGCUUGGCAGCCGGGUUCUAAAGAAGGGAGGAGACUGCUUACACAAGGUGCAGUCAGGGUGUGGAACACUGAAGCUGCAGGUGCUGGAGAAGGAAAGGAUCAUUCAGGUCUUCCAGGAGCAAAUUGAUCGCAUGGCCCAGAUGGUGGUCCAGCUUGGCCGAGCUACUGGAGCUAUGGAAGCUGAGAAAUCCCAGCUGGUAAAAGAGAUCAGUGGCUGGAAACUCAAAGUAGAAGAGCUCAAGGUUGUACAGGAUGAGAAAGAAGCCAGAAUACAUGAAAUGGAGGCCAGGUUGAGCCUGCUGGAGCUGGAAAAGCUUCACCUGGUGAACACAUGCAGUGAGAGGCUCCGGGCUCUGAAGGAGUUGACGCUGGAAAAAGAUGAGCUGAGGAAUGAACUCCAGGCUGGUCAGAGCCAGAUCGCUGGCCUGGCAGAGGCAUUUGAGGAUUUGAAGAGGGAUUACCAGGGUGAAAUCAAGGAGAUGGAGAACACUGCAAACGGGCUGCAAAUGCAUCUGAAAUCUGCCCAAGCUGAACUGAAACAGGCUAGGACUGCUCUGAAGAGCAUGGAGGGAUCUGAUGGUAAUGCUCUGGAAGCUGCAGUGAGAAUGCAGAAGCAGAUCACAGCCAAGAGACGACACAUAGAUGCAUUACAAAGCAAGAUUCAGUUCUUGGAAGAGGCAACAACUAACACAGCUAAGGAGAAGCAACACCUCAGAGAAGAAAAUAGUAAGCUGAGUCAAAAACUGAGCUGUGUCAGGGCAGAAAACAUCAGGCUUGCUGGGGAACUGGAGAUCCUGAGGGCACGAGACAAGGGACUGAAAGAAAAGCUGUCUAAGAUGGAGGCAGCCCUUGAUAAAGCAUCCAUGCAGUUUGCAGAGUGCCAGGGCAUAAUCCAGUGCCAGGAGCAGGAGGCAAUGCGCUCCAGGCUGCAGCACACUCUGGAUGUGAAAGAGCUGCAGGGUCCAGGCUACUCAUCAGUGUCUGCUUCAGGGAGGCUGCAGUACUUGGUGCCUCUGUGCCACCUGCACUCUGCUGUCCUGCCACCUCCCCUGCUCCUGGCCAGCUCUGCCCCUCAGAUGCCUUCCAAGCUGCACACUUCGAAGGAAGAACCACUGGAGGACCUAAAGAGGAUUCUUCAAGAACUAACAGGCUCAGACAGUGAUGUUGCCUCUGUGGGUCUCUGCUGCAGUGGGAUCCUCCCUACCCUCCUACUGCAGAUCUUCAGUCCCAAGAGGUUCCCCUGCCUCUCACACCCCUUGGAGGAGGAGGAGGAUGAUAAUGAUGAUCAUGAUGAUAAUAGUAAUGAGAAUGAUAAUAGAAGAAGAAUUUUCUCCCUAGCCUCUCAGGCCAUAGAAACCAGUGAGCACACACCAAGGAGGCUACAGAGCAAGGUGGAAAACCUGCAAAACCUGGUGGAAUUGUUGCAGAUAACAAGCCAAGGUGCCAGAAUUUACCCCAAUUAUUCCUGUUUUACUGAAAACCCCAGACUCCACGUCGCCAGUGAUCAGAACUCAGGAGGGGAAGACAAAGAAAGCCAAGGGAAAGUAGAAAAAGCUCUCAAAGUGAAGACUUCAGUGAUUACUGUCAUGUAG